GGGAGGCCGGCCUGGCUGGGCGAGGCGGGCUUGCCGGGCCCCGCCGAGCUGCGGUGCGGCGUGUGCGGGCAGCCGUGCGCUUUCCUGCUGCAGCUUUACGCGCCCCUCCUGGACCGGCCCGACGCCUUCCACCGCAGCCUUUUCCUCUUCGGCUGCCGCCGGCCCUCCUGCUACCGCCUCGCCGGCCCCGCGCCGGGCUGCCUGAAAGUGCUUCGGAAUCAGUUGCCAAGGAAGAAUGACACCUACUCUUACGAUCCACCACCUGAAGAGCCACCCGUGGAGCCGCCUUUGCCCUGUGGGAAUCUGCAGCUGAAAUGUGGCGCUAAGCUGUGCAGAGUCUGUGGGUGCUUGGCUCCCAAAAGGUGCUCCAAAUGUCACAGCGCUCAUUACUGCAGCCAGGAUCACCAGAUUAAGGACUGGAAAGCAGGACAUAAAGUAUCAUGCUCACAGCCUGAUGCAUUGAACAGUGUGAUUCCAGAUCACAAUUUUCUUUUUCCGGAAUAUGAAAUUGUAAGAGAGCCAGAGGAAAUAGAUGCCUUGAAUAUUAAUGAAACAGAACAAGAAGAUUUGGACAAGAAUAAAGCAGCAUCUACAGAUGAAACAUUUGACUCUGUGGAUGAGAAUUUCUUGGAAGCAAUGGCAAAACAUGAAACUCAAGAUGACAAGAUUUUUCAAAAGUUUAAAGAGAGAAUAUCUUUGGAUCCAGAACAGAUUAUCAGAUACUGUAGAGAUGGAGAAGGUCCCCUUUGGAUUUCAGGGGAAAACAUUCCUCAAGAGACAGAUAUUCCUGACUGUUUAUGUGGCGCUAAACGAAUAUUUGAAUUCCAGGUCAUGCCACAGCUGCUGAAUCACCUUAAAGUUGACAGCCUUGAAGAAAGCAUUGACUGGGGAACACUGGCUAUCUACACGUGUGCUAAGAGCUGUAAUAUGAGCAGCCAUUACGUUGAAGAGUUCAUCUGGAAGCAAGACAUCUCUAGCUCAGUUUAAUUUCUAGAAUUAAACUUCUAACAUUUAAACAGCA